GGCAUCUUUGUAUGUGUGUGCGUAUAUGUUUGUCCAGCCGUCUGCCUAUUGUUCUGGCCAAGUCGGACACAAGAUCUGGCCAUUUCGCAAGCAGACUGUAUCCGUGAGCAUCAAUGCGGUUCAUGUGCCGGUGCAUUCGUCCAUGGACAGCACCACACACAAGACAUGCCCACACAGCACCCACCAUGCAACAACAAAUGCAGCUGGACAUGUCGUGUGUGCGUAUAUACAUGUCUACACCGAUGUGGAGAGCUCCGUAUGUGUGUGUGCCGGCGGUCUAUUUCUUUGCAAAGAAGUCGGUCAUCUUCUUCAUCCCCUUCACAUCUGCACACACACACACACACACACACAGAGAGAGAGAGAGAGAGAGGGAAGGCAUAAAAUGCAUUGAGACACGACAGCCUCUCUCAAUGCACAUGACAUUAUACCUCUCGGGUUGGCGGCUUUCGGUUUGGCUUUCGGCUUCGGCUUGGCCGCCUUGACACACACACGCACAUCGAUACAAGCAGCCGUCGGUCGUCUGCCUGAGCGUCAUCAUGUGUAUCUGCCUCGCCUUUUGUUUGGGUGCUGGGGGUGCUGCUGCAGCAGCGGCAGGCGGCUUGCCGAGGUCACUCUUGGGGCCCUCGUCGAUCCUGACAAAGCCGUGUGAACAGUGGCGAGGGAAGGAAGCAGACCCACGCCCACACAUGUGGUUUACUUGAGUAUGUCAGCUACGAUCUGUCUGAGUUGGGGCUCCAGCUGGGCCCUCGCCAACUCCGAAGCCACACCUCGCAAUGCACCUUCACACACACACGACACAGAUGAGCAGAGAGAGACAGGGAGGGUAUGUCGUCCUAGGCAGCCCAUUUGGCUAACUCGUGUUGAUGUCGAAUGUGUGUUCGCUCUGGGGGUCAUCGCCGACGUCGUCGGCCGCAGACGCCACACUACUGCUGCACACCUCUGCACACACACACAGCAGAGAGAGAAAGAGACAAAGGAAGACGGGGGCUGUCUGUGUCUGUGUGUGUCCAUCAAGCUGACCGUUGACGUAGAGGUUUUUGUCUUUGACCACCGCCAUGAUGCGAUCCAUCUGUGUCACACAGACAUUGACACACACCGCACAUAAAUCUGUGUGUGUGUGCCAUUGCUGCUGACACACUUACUUUCUUCUGAAUGAAUUGGGCGAGUUUGUCAUAGCUGAGCCGAACCAACGGCACAUCGUCACCAUCAGGACCACCUGACACACACACACAGUGGGUGGAUGGAUGCCCCCCACCCCCUCCGCUCUCUCUGUCUUACCGGGGAUGGCGUCGCAUAUGAGUGCUAUUCGGUGUCUGACGUCCUGUGUGCGCAUCAGCUGCGCCAUGACGGUGCGGCAGCCAUUACCGCUCUCGUCAACGUAGUCAUAGCUAUACCCCCCACCCCUGCCCUCCGCCGAUCUGUCCGUCGGGCUGCCGCCCCCACCCUGUCCACUACUGCUGCUGCUGCCGACAUCUUGGUGCUGCGAUGGGUGUGUGUGGCUGCUGCUGCUGCUGGCAGCCACGUUUGACGUGCGGUGGUCAGAUGGCGGUGGGUCGAGUGUCUGUGUGAGGGGGCAAUACCGACCGCUGCCCUGCUGACACACACACACACACAGGGAGGCUCCUAUAGAGUUGCGUCGCUCCCUUACCUCUCCCCUGGCUCGUUUGCGCAGCGGAAUGAACAGAAAGAGCGGAUCGAUGUGCGUCACCAAAUGAAGCCGACCAUCUGUGGGAACACACAACACACACAUCCAUCCAUCAAGAUGUGGCCCUCCCUCCCUGUCCCUCUGUGCGUACCAGCGAUGAGUGUGUUGCCGACGAACAUGGAGCACUCGCCCACCGCCCGGCGGCAGCUCACUACCUCCAGCACAUCGACGGCAGCUGCUGCUGGGGUGUUGCCAUCCCCAUUCCCCCCUGUGUGCUGCUGUGGCUGGCGGAUGACAUACAUGGCCGGUUUGCCGCAGCCGGGGUGCGGCAGACGCACCACAUGGUGGACCACACUCCCACCAUCGCCGCCGCCAUUGCCAUGAUUGUCGUCGAUGAGGCAAACGCGGCAUCGCUGCAGCACAUCGGGAUCUUCGUACGCCGCUGCUAUAGGGGCUGCUACUGGCGUGUUGAUGGCCGCACCGCCAUGGGCAUGGUGGCCUCCUCCUGCUGCUGCUGCCGGUGGUGGUGCCGGUGUGCUACGGUUGGCUGCGGUGGUCAGAUUGGGUGGCGGUGAGAUGCAGAUGUCAAUGCCCUCGUGGGAAGGGCUGUGCAUCAUCAUAUCGGCCCUUUGCAGGCCCUGUCCGGGGCGGAGAUUUACCACACUAAGCUCGCAUUUCAGGAGGUGUGGGUACAGAGUCCAAUCGUUGAGCUCAUGCAU